GGCAGAGGCGAGGGCUAUAUUCCGAGCAGUCGCGAUGUGGACGCAGGCGCUAGUGCUGACGCUGGGCGCGCUGGCCUCGCUGGCGGCGGCGGCCGUGGAGAUGGACGAGGACAUGGCGGAGCUGGCGCGCAUGGUGCGCGACAACUGCGCCGGGGAGACCGGCGUGGACGUGGCGCUGGUCGAGCAGGUCAACGCCGGCGCCGACCUCAUGCCGGACGAGAAGCUCAAGUGCUACAUCAAGUGCACGAUGGAGACGGCCGGCAUGAUGGCGGACGGCGAGGUGGACAUCGAGGCCGUGCUGGCGCUGCUGCCGCCGUCGCUGGCGGACCAGCACGCGCCGUCCCUGCGCGCCUGCGGCACCCAGCGCGGCGCCGACCACUGCGACACCGCCUUCCGCACGCAGCAGUGCUGGCAGAAGGCUAACAAGGCCGACUACUUCCUCAUAUAAGCACCACUAGCACUGUGUGAGAGAGAUGCUGACACUCUACUCAUACUUUAUACACCACAUUAUACAAGCCACAUGUGUGUCUACUCUAUUAAUCAAUUAUGAGCUACUGGUAUAAUAAUGUUAAUUACACAACAAUGGUGGACGUUGGACUGCAACUACUUUUCCUUUAAGGAAAAACAUGGCACAUGCUUGUGUUACCUAUUUAUAUAAUGUACAUAUAUUCACUCGGUGCACUAAUAUUAUCUCUUGUUGUUUUAAGUUUAUAUGCAUUCUUUAUAAUAAUUUAUGUAUAAUAUAAUAAUGAUUUUGAUUUCGUAACAGUUCAUUCUAUGUAACAGUUUCUGUGAAGUAAACAGGAAUAAUGUGAAUAAAGUUCUGCUUACAUAGCUAGGUAAUAGAGUAACCUGUACCAACGUAAUGUUACACACUACAUCAUACAUCCUUUGUAUUCAGAAGCAUUUUAAAAUUAAAAAUAUAAGCAGACUUGAGUGAAGCAAGUAGGGAUGUGGGCAGGUCCCCGCACUACUCCAGCCACACUUGUGCACACGGUCACACAGUCAGUGAGUCACUGCGCACACACUGGCUGUGCGGCUGAACACUGAGCAUCAUCAUUACUUGCAAAUUUUAUCAUUUUCUUAAAUAAAGUGUAAUUAUGUUAAAUAAAUGGUAUGGAUAUUAAAAUUCUUACUUGUCAUCUUGUUGUAAUAUUAUACAAUUAAUAAA